AUGUUUUUAUUUAGUAGUGAUUGGAACUACUCGAUCAACGCGAAGACUUUCGAUGAGUUGGAUGUUGCCUUAUUUCGAAAUUAUAGAUUUGGCACACUUUUUAACUAUAUUUUUUUGACUUGGGGAUUGACAAUAUUGAAAUUUGCACUCCUUGUUGCUGAUAUCUAUACCUGUAUCAAGCUACUAGCAUUUAAUUCAUGGUCCAAUAAUAUCAUCAAACCUUACCUGCCUUUCCAUAUAUCUAAAUGGCUCUUCAGCGGUUGCAUACUGGCCUAUAUCAUACUUGCAUUAUGGGACAGUUUUCUAGGCAUACGAAUAUAUCGUUCGAGAAACAUUUCUCUAGUCUAUAUCAACAAUUUUGCCAAGACAAUGUAUUCACUGUCGAAUUACUCGAUAUUUUGUGUGCUCGAUAGAAUUACACCAAAAGGAUUUUAUCAAAGAAUUGCAUUUUUCACGUUUUUUGAACUGAAGGACUGUUUCAAGUUACUGUUCACAGAUACACCUAGGCAAGUGAUUAAUGGUUUGACCUUAUGGUCAGUAUUAGUUACGGUGAAUUCAAGCACUGAUCUGGGCAAUUUAGAAACAUUCAAUGGGCUAAUAAUGAAGAUAAAGAUAAUAGCAAAAACCAAUCACGAAGAAGCAGUUGUUCUUUCAUUUAUGUUAUUCUCGUUCAUCGUUUGGUUAAUUUUCAUUACCAAACUAGCUUUUGCAAUGCUUUUUUCAAUAUUUGUUUAUUAUAAACUAAUCAAUGAACACAAAUACAAUGGUUUGAGGGAGUUCGUUUGUGUAACAAUUCGCCAGAGAGUGGAUGCUAUUGUUGAAAAGCAAAGGAAAAUUAAGCGCAAAGGCAACGGACCCUAUGCAAACGGUAUUCAAAUGACAAGCACGACAUCUUUCUUUCCUACGGAAGACCUGGAAAGAAAAGCAGCUCCAGUUUCGAUAACAAAUGCAUUUAAAGACUCAUCAAUCGCCCUACUCGACCACCAAGAUCAAAAUAAGAACAGCCGUAUAAGCAGUACGGCUUCCGACAAUUAUGAUACUGAUGGGCUUGAAGAGAAAGCCUCAGAGGAUUUUGGAGUUAAGAGCGAACCACUUAAAAUGGUGUCAGCUAUCAAUACUACUUUCGACCGAAACGAGAAACCUAGCUACUCAGUGUUCAAUCCAAAAGAGAGUGCUUGCUCAAGGGAACUUUUCAACACAGAUUCUACAGACACUCUCCCAUCAUAUCACCUGAAGGAAUAUGCAUCACGCGAUACAUUCAAUCGUCCCAGACCGCCCAUGAUCGAGACAGAAACAUUUCUGACAGAUUCCACCGCGGCAGAUGAUACCAGACAUAUUGAUACACCAAUUAAAGCAUACACAAGAGAAUGGAAUAACCCUGAAAGAUCUACUAGUAUACUUGAGCGAAGAGAGAGAAUCGCAAAUGAAGACUACUCGCAUUUUAUUCAUAAGCAUGAGCACAAGUAA